UCUUAUGCUCAUGAGACAAAACAGUAGCAUUUCUCGGAAUCUUUUAUGAAAAUUCAUUAAAUUUGCAAACUUAAUUCAAAUAUCGUCCUGUCGAAUCGUUUCUGUAAUUUCUAACCUCCUGAAAAUACUUAUUGUAGAAAAUGAAAAAAGGUUAGGAACAUGUUCACAAUGUCGAGUUGAAAUUUACACGGGAAAUUAUGUUCUGGAUUCAGAUGGCACAGUGACAUUUGUAGAUGCUUAGAACUUUCGGUUUUAAGACAUGCGUGCACAUACAGCAGAAUUUCAAAGUUUAGUGUCAUAUGCCUGUAUUCAAAAUUAUAGGUGAAACCGUUCAUUCGAUCAGUUAGAAAUUUUCUCAAAAGACUAUGAAAAUAUGGAUGGCACAGUGCAUUUGUAGAUGUCAAAUACUUUUAGUUCGAAGAUUCUGCAUUCACGAAAUUAAUUUAAUGCCAUCGGAUAGUUCACAAGUGGUCGUGCUUUUCUUCUUCUUCUUGGUCCUUUAUGCUCUAAGAGAGCCAAGACCCAGAGUGGUCGUGCUUCGUGGCAAACCUGUUUGCUCCUAUAUCUAGAUAAAAUACUUCAAAUUACAGUAUAACUUAAAAUAUAUGUUCCGUUUAUCAUUGACAUGUAUAAAUGAUUUGUCAUUAGCUUAAGUCGAUAAUGUCAUCCAUAUACUUAGAUCCUCUGUGGAUAGCUUGGAACAGUGUAAAUAAAUGUAUUAUAUUUAAUGAAGAUUCAGAGACGAGGAAAUUUCUCAGUGAUCGACAUGGGAUGGAAAACAGUCAAAGAAAGGAACGAUUCUUUUACAGAGGAAAAUAAAGACGAAAAGCAGACACUGAAAAGAUGCGUAUCUCUAGUCGAAGACACCUGUCGGGAAUAUAAGGCACUACUGGAUAUGAUUUAUACGAAGACAUCUACAGCAUCGCGCACGACAUUACCUUCCACCACAUUGAAUAACGUGUUCACCUCAGGAUCAUCGGAAGCAAUGAUAAACAGUUUACGAGAGAAAAAUUUCUACAAAAAUAUGCACUCCAGAGUUUAUUCGGAUGCAAAAAACGUGUCAUUGGGUCCCAUAAAAUCUACAGCCACUAUGAAUAAAUCCAGGAAGUCGAACGCCUCGAGCAAGCCGGAUACAGCAAUCGCAAUCAGCGAGGAAAACGAAAAGGAAAAUAACGUACGGUGCCUUUGGGAAUUCUCGACGCCGAGGUUGUACCUUGGAAAAGAUCUGUCAGGCCAUGUUAACAGUAAAAAAUCUGUAAGAUUGAUAGAUCCUUAUAAGCUGCAUCGUUGCAACAGCUUAGCCAGUUUUAUCCAAUUGGAUGCAGGUUACUCGAAUUGAUUAUGACAUAUAUAUCAAUAUUUUUUAAAAAUGAUUAGAGUAAAAUUUUUAUUAUCUUACGAAUGCGUAUCAUCAUCUAUAUCUAAGUUAGGAGUUAUAAUAAUAGGGACGGAUGUCUCGAUAAGCGUGUCUCUUAUU